AUGGAUUGCCAGCAACACAACACACCAAGUUUACCAUCCAUUGAUGUAAUGCUUCAGGAUGCACCCAGUUUAACACGUAAGCACCAAAAUCCACCUUUAUCCUCGGCAUUGCCAUACUCAAAGGGAAUCACAGCGUAUAGAGGACAGCAUGAUGCCGUCUGCAAACCAGCUGUGGGACAUCGAAGGCAUGUCUCUGAUUUUGUCUUGUCGAGUAGACCGAAACCAGAAGAGCACAUCCCAUCCUUACGUACACCUACCUCUCGUAUGUCAUUGACUUCAUCCAUACAAAACCAGCAACACCAUCAUCAUCAUCCUGAUAACCCACCACAAUUGGGUGAAUCAUUACCUUUGUCGCAGGAUACGCCAGCCACGACGAUGAUGCAGUCGAAAUUGCGAUAUGCUGCAGAUAACAACGCCGUUUGUGCAGCGCCAAUAUUGCCGCCACCACCACCGGGGGCAACAUGUACAAAGCACCAACUCACGAACAAUGAAUCACAACGCAUGGUUCGUCCCCCGUAUUAUCACCAUGGUCGCUCAAGGUCGGACAUGACACAUGUAUACUCGUCUUCAGCAACACCAUCAUCAUCAUCUUCAUCCACCGUAUCAGACCAUAAGACCAUCAACAAGUACUUUUGCUCUUAUUGUCGUAAAGGGUUUUCACGGCCAUCGUCAUUGAGAACGCACACGUAUUCACACACGGGAGAAAAGCCAUUUGUGUGCAAUGUCGAAGGCUGCCAUCGUCGCUUUAAUGUGCAUAGCAACUUGCGAAGACACUUGAGAACGCAUCAAUCACAUAGUGACCCUAUGAAUACAGGCACCAACUCAAGUUUGGCUGUAUUUGCUGUCAAUGCCGAGUAUUGUACACCUGCGUGGUAA